UGUUUUCAGAUUUUGAUGUCUUGUUGAUUGGACAUUUCGAACGACCGCAUAAGCCCCAGUUGAAACUAAGUCGUAUCUAUCUAUCUCAUUUGACUACUAAACUAUCUGUUCUCUUUGAACAAAGCAUUGUGAAGAUUUUGAAAUCACUUUGAAGUUCUACAUUUUUGUGAUAAAAAAUGGCGGCCAGCGUAGAAAUGGUAGAUGUUGAUGCUGAGACUGUUGACCCCAAUGAAGUUUCGCCGAUGGAGGAGGAAAAUGAUGAAAACCGAAAUCCUGAAAUGUCUGAAUUGCAAUCUUCAGUUUCGGUCGCAGCUAAAGAGUCAUUUUUACUCGAGUCCAACCCAAACACUGAAGAUGAGCAUCAAAUAUCGGAGCAAUCAGUCGAAAAGUCCGAUGAAUCAGAAAAAGAUGGACCUACACAAGAAAAGGACAUGUCUGCUGUUCCUGAAAUCAGUCAUGGAACUCCGAAUGAAAAUAAUUCGACCGAAAAUGAGCAAACGGAAGAUAAUAUUUUCGCACUCGGGGAAGCAAAUGACGAUGAAGAUAAUGACAUGGAAGAAAGUGAGAUAGAAAAAGAAAACAUCACUGAGAAUAUUCCUGAAGAAAUUGAAGUUGAACAAGACGAGAAUGUUCUAGAACAAGACAAUGAAGAGGAGGAAGAGAACGAGAAAUUGACUGUGUUCCCAUUGGCCAAAAUCAAGAAGAUUAUGCGUACAGACCCUGACACGCACUUGAUUUCGAAAGAAGCCAUUCUGCUCACAGCCAAAGCAACGGAGCUCUUUCUCCGUGAGUUUGCAUCCUUCUCCUACGAAGCACUUAAAGAGACAAAACGGAAAACGAUCAGCAAGAAAGAAUUCGAUGCAGUUCUAGAAUUAGUUGAGUCAUACUGCUUUCUGGAUGGUAUUUUCUACGAACAAACGACAGCAUCAUCUGCAGCCGCUCCACAAGAAAUAGAUGAAAGUUUAGAUGUAGAGAAUGCCGUUACAACUGAAAUUCGAGAAAAAGAAACUACGACUGAGGAAAGCACGGAAACCUCCGAGUCAUUGCAAACUAGCGAUUCGUUGCAGCAAAUGGAAGCGAAUAAAUCAGAAAUGAGUGUAGAAGAGUCACAAACUUGAACAUAAUAAAAAACAAACUGAAAAUGUUGAAAAUGAACUUGAACUCUCGUAGAUGUAAAAACUUUGGAUGUAAUGAGUAGGGUAUCAGAAAUCUGGUAUACAUGCAAAUCUGAAUCAUGCUAUAGUUUCAAAUACUGAUUAAAAUAACAUACAGCGAGAGUUCGUUUGAUUUAAAAGAUGAUUUCAAUGAAAAAUGCAAUGUCUGCUUGUUUGCU